AUGUCCGAGGCUCGCGCGGCAGAUUUAACUGUCGACCCUCCUGCGCUGGCCAAGUCCGGGACGGUUGCGACCGCAUUUGAAUAUACCGACGAACGGGCGACUACCCCUACAGCCCUGUCCCGCUACUGCGGCCAGGGAGACAGCCGCUCGCAGGACUGCCAAUCCAGCCUCUCUCCCGUCAAAAUGGCUACCGGCUUCGCGAUCAGCCCCGAGCCCCCGGCGCUCUUUGUUCGGGCCAUGUAUGAUUAUGACGCCGAUGAUCAUACCAGCUUGAGCUUCCGUCGCGGCGAUAUUAUUCAGGUUCUCAACCAGCUAGAGACAGGAUGGUGGGAUGGUGUUAUCGAUAACGUUCGUGGUUGGUUCCCGAGUAAUUACUGCACAGUUCUCACGGAAGCGGAUGAUUUUGGCGACCAAUUUGUUCACAGCCAUGAUACCGACCUCAGUGCGGACUCCGGAUUGGAAGACGACUACGGCGAUGGACACGAUGAUGAUGAUGUGGAUUCGGAAGGCAACUCACGCGAUUCCCAACCGAUCCUCCCCAUCGAGGGUAUCCCGGCGGCCAAGGAGCAGGAAGAGGCCGCAUUCUGGAUUCCCCAGGCGACCCCGGACGGCCGUCUAUUUUAUUUCAACACACUGACGGGCUAUUCCACCAUGGAGCUACCCUUCGAGAACCCUACAGCGACAACUGACAGCGGCCCUCGCGAUCGAAACAACUUCUUUGUUCCCGACCAGACUCGACCACCACCGGAGCUGAUGGCGCGUGGAUUUGAGCGGGAUGAAGAUGAGUACGAUGGUUCUGCAUCUGAGGCAGAAGGAGAAUCAUUGAUGUUAGCUUCACACGACUCGAUUUCUCACAGACGCCAAUCCUUGAUGGAUGGAGUAUCCCCGGCCACAUCUAUGGACUCUUUGUAUGCGCCGACAACAAAAGACUCCAAAAGUUCGCAAGCGUCAGUCAAGGCCCUGCAAACAACUUACAGCCUUGGAGGAAAUAGCAACAGCACCAGCACUUCUGUGGCCGACAGCUUCUCCAGACCUUCGAUUUCUUCCAAUUUCCCCCAACACUUUGUCGACGAUGGUUUUGCUCCUCCGAUCACUUGGUCCUUACUUGUCGAUAACAUGCGGUUUGCGGUGGACGCCUACAGCCAGACACUCGUGAACGGUGACCGUGCGGAAUAUGUGAGGAAGGCUGAAGACAUUUCCGACCACCUUCGAAUGCUGCUGGCUGCUGGAUCUGAUACGACAGACAAUCACUCCGGCAACCCUUCCAUCAUUUCCACCAACAAGGCCUUGUAUCCCUACUUUAGAGACAUGAUGUCCAAAUUCUCCAAGCUGGUCCUUUCGUCUCAUAUUGCAGCUGCUGAUUGGCCUGGAGCCGACUCAGUCAACAAAUGUUUGCAGGAGGCAGACGGUGUCAUGCAGGGUGUGUAUGGUUACGUGGACGUUGCUCAGCAGCAGCGUGGAGACAUCAUCCACCGUAUCGUCCCAGGUUUCGUUGGUGGAAGCUCAUCUGGUGGCAGCUGGCAGAACAACGGUGUGUCAUUGAACACUUCGGGUCCAACAUCAUUCCUAGUUCCAGAUGUAGGAGAUCCACGAGCUGAGCCAUCGGUACCUCUCGACACCGCUUUCUUGGAUUCGAUCGAUAUUCUCCGAAGGUCUUUCGUUGGCAGCAUUCGUCGACUAGAAGAGCGAUUGAUCAUAAACAAGAAGAUUGUCACCACCGAAGAACACCAGGACAUUGCGAAUGAAAUUUCUGCCGCUGCAAUCAAGGUUAUCGAGCAGUUCCGCCCAUGGAUCUCCUCAGUCGAGUCAAUGAACUUGGCUCCUCUGGGAACCAGUUUCCAGAACCCUCAAUUAGUGGACUUCAGCCUGCAAAAGCAGCGAGUCUAUGAUGCAAUUGGUGAUUUUAUUUUGAAUUGUCAGGCCGUUUCUGCCCCUCUGGCGGAUGAAUGGGCUGAGCUUCGCGGCGACUCACUUGACGAUCGGGUUAAUGCAGUGCGGGGCAUUGCUAGGCAACUGGAGAAUUAUGUGUCCCAGAUUGGAUUCUCAUUGUCGCUCCUUCUUGAGCAAAUUCCUGCAGAGCCUGCCCCAUCUUCACGAAGUGAAAGUCGUCAAGAAGUGGACGACGACAAAUUCAAGAAUGCUCACGCUCGGGGUGAGUCCCAAGCGAAGAUCGCCACGGAGUCAAUUGGAAUUCCGUCUUCCUACGCCCCAGAAAAGGAGGGCACCGAGAAAGUUCGCAGGAAUAUGGACAAAGCACAGCGAUUCUUUGGCCAAGCACCCCCUACAGCUAUCACCCGAGAGCCCAUUCGAGAGCCAGUCCGCGAACCCGAAGAGACUCCGUGGUUCUUGAAGAUGGCACACGAAGGUGAAGUUUUCUAUGAUAACAAGACAGACUCGCCGAUUCUCAAGUGCGGAACGCUCGCCGGAUUGGUGGAACACCUCACUCGACAUGAUAAGCUCGAUGCGUCUUUUAACAACACUUUCCUCCUUACGUAUCGCUCUUUCACUACUGCCUCUGAGCUAUUUGAAAUGCUUGUUCAGCGGUUCAAUAUCCAGCCUCCAUUUGGCCUGAGCCAAGAUGAUAUGCAGAUGUGGAUUGAUCGCAAACAAAAGCCGAUCAGGUUCCGCGUUGUGAACAUCCUCAAGAGUUGGUUUGAUCACUUCUGGAUGGAGCCAAAUGACGAAGUGAACAUGGAUCUCCUGCGACGAGUUCACACCUUUACCCGCGACUCCAUCGCUACUACUAAGACCCCGGGAACCCCGACAUUACUGGCUGUGAUUGACCAACGACUUCGAGGUCAGGACACAACCUCAAAGCGCCUUGUCCCAACCCAAAGCAACAACGCACCGCAGCCGAUUGUUCCAAAGAAUAUGAAAAAGCUUAAGUUCCUUGACAUAGAUCCUACCGAGUUCGCCCGACAGUUGACCAUCAUCGAGUCGCGCCUUUACUCCAAGAUCCGACCCACCGAGUGCCUGAACAAGACAUGGCAGAAGAAGGUCGGCCCCGAUGAGCCUGAACCAGCCUCUAAUGUCAAAGCCUUGAUUCUCCAUUCCAACCAACUUACCAACUGGGUUGCCGAGAUGAUUCUCGCCCAAGGCGAUGUCAAAAAACGUGUGGUGGUUAUCAAACACUUUGUGAAUGUGGCUGAUAAAUGCCGCGCUUUGAACAACUACUCCACCCUGACAUCGAUCAUUUCGGCUCUAGGAACGGCCCCGAUUCACCGUCUUGGUCGGACGUGGGGCCAGGUGAGCGGGCGGACGUCCGCAGUUUUGGAACAAAUGCGUCGGCUUAUGGCUAGUACGAAGAACUUUGGCGAAUACCGAGAGACCCUGCAUCUCGCUAACCCGCCUUGUAUUCCAUUCUUUGGCGUUUAUCUUACGGAUUUGACCUUCAUUGAAGAUGGAAUUCCGUCCCUUACGCCAUCAGAGUUGAUUAACUUCAACAAACGGGCCAAGACCGCCGAAGUGAUCCGUGAUAUCCAGCAAUAUCAGAACGUUCCCUAUCUCCUGCAACCGGUUGGUGAACUUCAGGAUUACAUCCUCAGUAAUCUCCAAGGCGCUGGCGAUGUCCAUGACAUGUACGACCGAAGUCUGGAAAUCGAGCCUAGGGAGCGCGAGGACGAAAAAAUUGCAAGGUAUGCCGAAGCCUCAGCCAAAGACAAGGGUUCCCUGUUAUUUGCAUCCACCGUCGCUAUUUUGCGAUAA